AUUUUACACUAUGCUAGUAAAAUAAUCUUUUUUCUUAUUUUAACAGAUAUCAGACACCCUGAAGAACUUUCUCUCUUGAAAAAACCCAGAGAUCCAACAAAGAAAAAAAAGAAAAAGCUAGAUGACCAGUCUGAAGAUGAGGCACUUGAAUUAGAGGGGCCUCUUAUCACUCCUGGAUCAGGCACUGAUGUUCUUUACAUUGGCCCUCUGAAAGGAAGUAUAUAUUCAAGCCCAGGACUUUAUAGUAAAACAAUGACCCCCACUUACGACGCUCAUGAUGGAAGCCCCUUGUCACCAACUUCUGCUUGGUUCGGUGACAGUGCUUUGUCAGAAGGCAACCCUGGUAUACUUGCUGUCAGUCAGCCAGUCACAUCACCGGAAAUCUUGGCAAAAAUGUUCAAGCCCCAGGCUCUUCUAGACAAAGCAAAAAUCAACCAAGGGUGGCUUGAUUCCUCAAGAUCUCUCAUGGAACAGGAUGUGAAGGAAAAUGAGGCCUUGCUUCUCCGAUUCAAGUAUUACAGCUUUUUUGAUUUGAAUCCAAAGUAUGAUGCAAUCAGAAUCAAUCAGCUUUAUGAGCAGGCCAAAUGGGCUAUUCUCCUAGAAGAAAUUGAAUGCACAGAAGAAGAAAUGAUGAUGUUUGCAGCCCUGCAGUAUCACAUCAAUAAGCUGUCAAUCAUGACAUCAGAGAAUCAUUUGAACAACAGUGACAAAGAAGUAGACGAAGUUGAUGCUGCUCUUUCAGACCUGGAGAUCACUUUGGAAGGAGGGAAAACAUCAACAAUUUUGGGUGACAUCACUUCUAUUCCUGAACUUGCUGACUAUAUUAAAGUUUUUAAGCCGAAAAAACUGACUCUAAAAGGUUACAAGCAAUAUUGGUGCACCUUUAAAGAUACAUCUAUUUCUUGCUAUAAGAGCAAAGAAGAAUCCAGUGGCACACCAGCUCAUCAGAUGAACCUAAGAGGAUGUGAAGUUACCCCAGAUGUAAACAUUUCAGGCCAAAAAUUUAACAUUAAACUCCUGAUUCCAGUUGCAGAGGGCAUGAAUGAAAUCUGGCUUCGUUGUGACAAUGAAAAACAGUAUGCACACUGGAUGGCAGCCUGCAGAUUAGCCUCCAAAGGCAAGACCAUGGCAGACAGUUCUUACAACUUAGAAGUCCAAAAUAUUCUUUCCUUCCUGAAGAUGCAGCAUUUAAACCCAGAUCCUCAGUUAAUACCAGAGCAGAUCACAACUGAUAUAAAUCCUGAAUGUUUGGUGUCCCCUCGCUAUCUAAAAAAGUACAAGAACAAGCAGGUAUUUGAUUCAUUUCAUCUCUUUUCUUCUCGCAUGAUUUUGUACAUGUACUGUAAAUUUAGUUUCCCCUGUUAAAACUUUGUGGCUUUAAUGAUGGUCUGAAUUUCAUAUCAGGUGGCUGGAAUAUAAAAUGGGAUGUGGAUGGCCUUCAGUCAGUUAAGUCAUUUUAAAAAAUGUUUAUCAUUUUAAUAGGACAGAUCAUAAGGUAAAAUAGUUGGAAGCAUAUUUAUUCUAAACAACCUAAGGAAACCGCUCUGUUAACAGGGUGUUCUUUCAGGGAAUUGAAAUGGUGUGUAUGCUUUGAAUUCCUUAAUUCAUGCAGUUUUAUUCCGUAUAUGUGUGUGGUACAAAGCACAGCCAGCAUUUCCCGGCAAAGUCUAGAACAACUUCGCACUGUCAAAAUGGACUUUUCCAGCUUUGGAGAUAAACUUUACAAUGGUAGAAAUAGUCUACAUUUUAACAUCGUCUUUUCUUAACAGUCAAAAACCUAAACCAAGAUUUGCGUGAUGUGACAGAGUUUGGUAAAUUUUGAUUGAAAUUCACUGCUUUUGUUCACUUUGUUUAGAAUUCCUUUCCUGGAAAUUAAUACCAUAAAAGGAUUGCUAUUUAGGAAAAUGGUUCUUCAGUACAACAUAAAAGGUUCUUUGCUGGGGAAUUUCAUUUGGGAUAGCCCCCAGUAUUCUCUACACCAAACAUCAUGCCAUAAAAGGCAAAGGCUUCAGUGUGAGGUGGGGUGAAGAAGGCCUUUAAAAUAAAUAUUUCAUUUCUAUCUAGUUUGAUUUUUACCGUUCAAGAAUAAUUUUAAAACAUUACUGGGAGGGCCCAAUAAAAUACCCAGAACACUUACUAAUUCUUAACUUUAAAUAUAAUGUUUAUCAUACGUGUUUGAAAUUACUUAGCUGGAAAUGUUCAGAAGGUUAAUUACCAAGUAUUUGUCUUUAAGUUUCAGAGGUUGUGUAAGCUACAUGGAAAUUGUUUAUCCCACAGUCCCUACAAUGUGGGAGUAGUGAGGAAUGGAGGAAAUGCUGCCCUGGGGAGAUUUGUGGAAUGUAGAUUGUAAGUUAAAAAGGGAAAGUGAAUCAAGUACUAAUUUUAUUUUUUUAUUCUUCGUUAUUUCAUUUAAAAAUUACUUGUAAAAAAAAAUCCUUGUUUCUGAAAGUGGAUUCAUUUGCCUUCAAAGGCAAGGAACAGUUUCAAAUCUUAGCAAGCUUCUUUCACUGUGAGGUACCAGGAAAAAAAGAUCUUCAAGUCUAACUGUGAAGACUGCCAAAUGUUGGCUUAGCUGUCA